AUGCUCGGAGAACGCCACGUUGGCGCGGCUCGCGCCGUCGGCCGAGUCGGUUCGUCCCUCCUCCGGGGCGCUCGAUUUAUUGCCAUGGAGGCGGUUGCCUUUCCUCUCUGAUCCAAAGCGGCGGCAACGAGGACGAAGCAGGCUGAGCGGGAGAGGCAGACAGGCAGGCAGAUGGCGUCGUCCCUCCUGGCAGCAGCGGCAGAGCGGGUCGCCUCGACAUCGAGGCGGCAGGCUCUGACACUCACGAAGACGGCGGCGGAACGUGUCCGACACCUUCUCGCCCUACGGGGGAAGCCGUUCCUCCGCCUCGGCGUCAAGGCCCGGGGAUGUAACGGGCUCUCCUACACGCUCAACUAUGCCGAUGAAAAAGGAAAAUUUGAUGAACUAGUGGAGGAUAAGGGUGUUAAAAUAUUGAUUGAGCCCAAGGCGUUGAUGCAUGUUAUUGGCACAAAGAUGGACUAUGUAGAUGACACGCUCAAGUCAGAGUUUAUAUUCAUCAAUCCAAACUCUAAAGGAGAAUGUGGUUGUGGAGAGUCUUUCAUGACAACAAGCAGUCCGGGAGUCGCUAGGCCUGGAGCUAGUUAAAAACUUGUUUCAAGAAUGAUUUUUUUGAGAAUGGGUUGUCAAGACGGUCAUCUUGGAGAGCAUACUCUUACUCAGUCGCUAACACUAGUCAGGUGGGCUCAUGACGGUCUGCAAUCCCAUUACAAUUUUUAAUCCACUGUAUAAUUAUGCUUCAAGUUGGAAUUUCUGUUCUUGAGUUUUUCUUUCUUUCUUUUUUAUUUUUCCUUUUUGGAAUGUCUGUGGAUGAGGUCUGUCCUGUUCAUCCAGUUGUGUAUGUAAUGAUUGUAGUUGUGCUACAACUGACUUGCAUUCUCCUGCAACAGGAGCAAAUAAUUGAACUUGAAGAAACUUGCAACUCUC